AUGGCCACAGGAGUGACUGCUGGAGGUAUAGCAUGGAACAAGGCACAGGUCAUGAUAGAGCAACAGAUAAUGUCACUAGGUCCAAGACAGCGACUGUUAUUGGUGACUCGUACUGUCAUAUGGGCAAUUUCUGUUCUGGCCGAGGGUCUCUUUGGUGGGCUUCUCCUAAUGACACUAGCAAAACGGACCAGCCGCAGCAGAUGGUCAACCUCGCUACCUCACGAUCUUGAUGCCCUCCACGAACAGUUAGCUGUAAACAACAGAUUGGAGUCAACAAAGCAGCCGCAACUUGUAGUUGACUCCCCGAAGCAAUCGGCAGAUCAAAAGCGGAGCUGUGAUGGCUUGAUAGCGAUCCAACAGUCUACUUCAAGUGCUGCGUCUUUGAUCUCGAAGCGCUACUCAGGCCGAACAUUAUACCAGCAGGAUUCCAAGCACGGUUCUAUUGACCUCAAUCCACCAGUAGCCUAUCCUGAGUGCGUUGUAAUGCGCAAUACAUUCGAUAGCUGCCCCUACGAACAUAACAUUUACACUAUAGGGGCCGAUAGUGACUCUAGGUCACGCAAGACACAGGGAAAUAGACCAGAGCUUAGGUGCUCGUUGGAUACUUUGCGACGGCAAUCUUCAUUCAGGAGGUCAUCGGAUACUUCAAGAUCACUUCAGCCAGAGGCUCCCACCAAAGGUGGUCACCCCAAACUAACACUGUCCGAUGAGAGUAAUAUCCAUCCACUUUUUCGCUCUAACAGUCCAACUCCCCCGCCUACAGCUAUGCCUGGGACUACCGUUAUUGCAUCUCCGGUGGCUGGACAGACCAUCUCUAUGAAAGCGUUACAUAGGAUGAGAUCAACUAACUCACUCCGGUCUUACACUCCACGAAGUCGGUCACCCCUGUUUGAGCAGAUUGAUCAGGCCGGCGAAGAAGUGCAUCCAAAGACAGGGCUUGGUGAUGGUCGAUGUGAGCCUAACAAUGACCAGAUAUUCACAAUACCAAAUUUUGUCAUGGCUGCGGACCUGCGAAGGAGCAUAACACAGUAUGAGAAAAGGUACGACUUGAUCGAAUCCCCUCAUGAAAGCUAG